GGGCCGCCAUCUUUGUCAGGGGCAAAACAUCUCCCUGGCCCAGUUGAGCAUCCCGCUCUCUGAUAGGCCAGGAAGCCUGGGCCAAUGAGAGGCCCCGGUGUUGGGCGGGUGGGUCCGCCGCGUGGUGGGGCGGGCGCGCUGCGGGUCGCCAGGAGUUGGCGCCAUGCUGCGCCGCGAGGCCCGGCUGCGCCGGGAGUAUCUGUACCGGCGGGCGCAGGAGGAUCGGAUCCGCGCCACCGAGACCAAGAAGGAGCAACUCAGGCGGGCGCUGGACGAGAAUCGUCUGCUGCCCCCGGAGCUGCGCCGGGAGGCUCUGGCACUGCAGAAGUCCAUCGAGUUUGAUGACCAAGGAGCAGAAGGGCUGGUGACGCAGCAGGAUGAUGAGUAUCGCUGGGCGGGCGUGGAGGACCCCAAGGUGAUGAUCACGACCUCACGUGACCCCAGCUCCCGCCUGAAGAUGUUCGCCAAGGAGAUGAAGCUGGUGUUGCCGGGUGCCCAGCGCAUGAAUCGGGGGCGACAUGAGGUGGGGGCCCUGCUCCAGGCCUGCAAGGCCAACGGCGUCACGGACCUGCUGGUGCUGCAUGAACACCGCGGGCAGCCGGAUGGGCUGAUCGUCUCUCACCUGCCCUUCGGCCCCACGGCGUUCUUCACCCUCUGCAACGUGGUGAUGCGGCACGAAGUCCCCGACAUCGGCACCAUGUCCGAGGCCAUCCCCCAUCUGAUCUUCCACAACUUCACCUCUCGCCUGGGCCAGCGGGUCUGCAGCAUCCUCAAGUACCUCUUCCCGGUGCCCAAAGAGGACAGCAAGCGGGUCAUCACCUUUGCCAACCAGGACGAUUACAUCUCCUUCAGGCACCACGUUUACAAGAAGUUGGACCAUCGCAACAUUGAGCUGUCUGAGGUGGGGCCGCGCUUCGAGAUGAAACUGUACAUGAUCAAGCUGGGCACGCUGGAGCAGGCAGCCACGGCCGACGUAGAGUGGCGCUGGCAUCCUUACACCAACACGGCCCGCAAGCGGCAGUUCCUGAGCGCCAGCUAAGGGGCGUCCCCCUGCUCUGGUGGCCGCCGGGCUGCGCUCCGUCACACUUGGACACAGGAUGUGGAGCCCGUUCAGCCGGAGAUUGCAGG